AAAUUUUUGAAUGGAAGAAGGAGAUUCUCAUGAAAAUAUCCCGGAUUUUUAUCCGAAACAACAUCUGACUGCUCAAAGUGUUGAGUUUCUUCAGUCUGAUCCAAGUUUUCAGAUGGAGGAAGGUCAGAUUGUAAAGUCUAGUCGACUUGAAGAGAGAAGAGGGAAAGUUAUGAGAUACAGUAAUUUCACUUCAGGAAGAGAAAUAAUUGAAUCACAAGAUUCAUGCGAUUGGUGCUUUGAGGGUGAAAGUAGUAAGAACCAACACAUAAGUGCACUUGAGAAGCUUUAUGACUCAGACGAAGUAACUUCUCUGAUUUCAUGUCAAAUCUCUCCUAGAAAGAAGUCCUGAGCAGGCAUUGAAAUAAGGAGCCCUAACAAACCAACAGACAAUGGCAGUAAUUUUGGAAUGUCUAUGAUUUACACCACGAUGAAGGUUAACAAGACUCCUCUUGAUGAGAAGGGCAAUAGAAUGGAACUGAAAUUCCCUCCUGCAGAGAUGAUUGAAAAUUUAGACCAGCCUGAAGAGAAUCUCCAGACAUUUGAUCUCAUGACCUAUGAUAAAGAGAAUCCGAGUCUGUCCUCUAUUCCAAAAACUCCUGAAAGAUGUCAGAAAUGUAAUGAAAUAUGAAAUUGUAAGAACACAAAUGAGAUUUCAGAUUUCAACCCAAUAAGAGAAAUCUUUCAAAUUACUGCUAACCAGGUAGAGACAGAUAGCGAGCCAGUUUGAGAUGAAUCAUCAAUCAUGAGACCUGAUCAAAACGAUAUUUACUGAAGAGAAGCAGAAAGGUUGAAUCAAGAAGAAAAUCAGAAGAACCUCUCUCUGAUUAAGAAACAAAAUGGUAUCAUCAAAAGGCUUAAAUAAAGAUGUAGAUGCUAUCAAAAAUUUGAAUAAAUCAAUCCCCUUGUUAAGAGAAGAAAAUAUAAAAUUCCUAAAAAGAAUUGAAAUACUAGAAGCUCAGAUAAAAAUGAAAAAUAUUCAAAAAGUCAAUCAACAAAUUCAGACAUGUCAUGAUGCCCAACAAUUUACCCAAAGGAAGGAAGUUAUAGAAUUUCUAAUCAAAAACCAAAGUAAAGCGAUCCAAUUUACUCCGCAUUUGGCUGAAAUUUUCUUGAAAUUGAUAGUUGAAAACGACACGCCCGGACAUCAUGAAUUAGUAUCCUUACUGGAAAGAUUUUGUAAAGAUAAUAAAAAUAUAUUGGGACAACAAAAAUUUUAAGCUUUCCGAUUCAAUCAUCGAGCUGUCCUCUUCAGGGCAAGAAGCCUACAGCACUGUAGGAACAUUUGAGAAAUUACAACAGCUGUAUACAUUUGGAAACCAGAACCAGCCUAAUCAUCGAAGUCAAAGUCGGUGCAAAGUCUCUAGUUUAAAUGAAAAGGUUAUUGAAAGCGAGAGUAGCUCGAAGUACUCCUUUUGUGACAAAGAAAAUCAGAUGGAUAUCAGAGCAAUAAUUCCAAAAUUCACUAAAAGAGAUCAGAAGAAUCAGUGCAAGAAAAGAGAUUCUGGAGUAUCGGUCAGCUCUAUUAAGAGUCAUAAAAUUAAUAAUAAUGCCAAGCAGAACCAGGGAAAUUCUAGGAACAAAUUUAUCGUUCCAGCUUCGACUCUACGGUAUGACAUUAAUAAGACCAAAAUUGUAUUGAAAAAGUCCAAGAAGGUCAAAACUAAGGCAAAGAAGAGCAGGAAUAAUCCAGUAAUGAGUAGUGCAAAGACUUCAUUGGAUGAACAACUGUGAGACUCUAAAUUAGGAUCAGUUGGCAGUUUACUGAAGGAAAAAUGAAAUAAGAAUUAUUCGAUUAGUUCAUCUCAAGAUACUCAACCUUUUGGAGGAGCGUCAAAAGGGACUAAGCUUAAGGUUAUAAAGAAUUUUUCUAAGACAACAAAAUUAGAUAAAAGCUCUUUUGUAAAAACUCAUGAUAGAGUCCCCACUAUAUGUGUCACUCAAGUUAAAAAGUCGACGAAUGGAGGGAAAUCACGAACAAAUAAUGAAAGUAAGAAUUAUAACUUUUGAGCUAAAAGAGGAUCUCUAAACAAUUAUAAUACUAAAUCGAAUAAGGAUUCUCGCAGAGAUAUGUUUUGUACAGCCUCAACUAUUUUAAAGGACAGUACUAAUUCUAGAAACAAUAAGAAUAUUUUAAAUAAGAAAGCGUGCAGCACAUAUUCGGAAAGAUUUAUUCGAGGUGUUCCUAAAUAAAGGAGACUCUGGAGCAGCAAAAAGGCUUUCUAAUUAUUCCUAAAAAGGCCGAAACAAAGUCAAAUGGAAAAAUAAAACUGCCAAGUAGUACGAAAGGAAGUCAGUCUAGAAAUCCCAUCAAAUUCCAAACCUCUGCUAACUCAGCUGCCUCUCUGUCAAAAUCCAGCUCUAUUAAGAGAUUCUAUCCAAUCACCCAUAAUUCGACAACAAAGAAAUUUAAAAGUAAAAUUUCAAGAGU